GAGUAACAAGAUUUCUAUGCCCCAGACAACAGAGAGAGACCUCUAGUGAUAAGGUGUUUUGCCCACUUGACGUAGUACAAUAAAACGAGUCAGGAGCUGUAUAAAACACGAUUUACGCGAUCUAUUCGUAUCACAUCUUUGCAAACGCUUCACGUCUCGGAAAAACUCUAUACAACGUAAAUACAUAUGAAACAAUGUUGUUUAAAACACUCAAUGUGUCAUCGGUUUUGCUUUUGUUAACCCUUCUGCAAGUUGAAGCACAGGACAGUGAGAAACAAGAAGAAAAUGAAGAUGACGUCCUUAAACGUUGUUAUGGUAAAAUAGGAUGUUUCUCAAUCGGAGAACCCUUCCUUUCUCUGUAUCGCCCAGUCAACCUGUUUCCUUACCCUCCUGACUCCCUCAAUGUUAACUUUCUCUUGACGACCAGGAAGAAUCCUAACUACUUCCAAAGACUGACCACUGAUGAAAUCUCCAAGUCAGGCUUCGAUCCUACUAAACCAGUGAAGAUACUUGUGCAUGAUUAUCUGGAGGAUGUCAAUCAUGACUGGAUGCUGCAAAUGAUUCGAGAACUCCUGACCUACGACGACUACAACAUCAUUUCCCUGGACUGGUCCAGAGGUGCCACUUCCCCUUACACUCAAGCUGUGGCUAAUGCUCGUAUGGUUGGAGCUAUUCUCGCGGAAUUUUUAACAUUUUUACAAGAAAAACAGUCUGUGCCUCCAUCAAACAUGCACAUCAUAGGGCUAGGUGUGGGAGCCCAUAUUGCCGGAUACACAGGAGAGAAAGUUCCAGGUCUUGGUAGGAUAACAGGACUUGACCCAGCUGGUCCAUAUUUCCAAAAAACCGAUCCAAAAGUCCAUCUGGACCCCUCGGAUGCUGAAUUCGUUGAUGUCAUACAUACUAAUGACGAGCGAAUCGUCGUAAACGGCAGAGUGAUCGACAAGUUAGAACCCAGCGGUCAUAUCGACUUUUAUCCCAACGGUGGCAGAAAGCCUCAUGGUUGCAGCAACACUAUCGGCGAGUCACAUAGCAGUGGUCAUUAUGGCGACUGUGACGCCGUCCCAUCCUGGCAGCUGUUUACGGAAUCUAUUAACACUGACUGUCCAUUCUACGGCUAUGUGUGUGACAGUUACCAUAACUUUACAGCUGGCAGAUGUACCGAUGGCUGUGGUAACGGCUCUCUAUGUGCAUCGCUAGGAUUCAAAGCUGAUAACUGGCAGCAGUACAAGAAAACUGAAUCCGUCAAGAUGUACUUAUCUGUUGGCAAGAGUAUACCAGCGUGUCGCUACCAUUAUCACGUGAAAGCUGAGAUUGCAGAAAGGAAGAAGACAGACAAAGAUGACGAUAGCUCCAAGUUAGGCCCACUUCGAGGGCUCAUGUUUUUGCGCCUUACAGGAUCAAAAAAGCAGACACAACCCCUCCAGGCCACGAGAAAGCCUGUUGACUUCACACCUGAAAAAGCUGUUGAGUUCUUGCUAAGUUCGAAAGAUCUUGGCAGUAUUAUCAGGCUGGACGUGGAGUGGCGACCUUUACAAGUACCUUCCUACGAUUAUACCUUCGACAGUUUCAACAAGCAAGACGGCUACAAUAGCAAACCACCAGCACUUCCAAUCGAACGAUUUGAAGUAAAUAAUUUGGAAAGUGGAAUCAGGGAACUAUUUUGUCCAGUUGGAGAACCAGUUCUUUAUGCAAAUGAAGUGAAAUAUCUCUACAAGGGCGGGACGUGUGCACAACCUUAAAAAUAAAGAACAAAAUGUCUACGAGAACUAAAAUAUAUGUUAUUUUUGAUAUUAUUUCAUUAAUGGUUACAAAACUGAACAUUGGAUAUUUUUUAUGUUAUCUUAAGGCUUACUUUAUGUAAAAUGUUAUUAUUUUAUUAUUGCAUGGUAUUCGUAAAAAGCGUAUUACUAAUUAUUAACUUGCUUUAGUUAUUGUUAAACAAGCAGAUACUAGUACUUUUUAAUAUUUUCUACUCUUUCAUGCUAAAUUGAACUAAUUUUAUUAUCAUCACUAAUUUUAAUGUACUGAUGUCUCUUUAGCUACUUAGAAAUUACUAAACAUAUUAUCAUACUGAUAAUUUUAAGGUGCUUAAAAGUGCUAGACAUAUUGCUGUAACUAUACUUAUAAUUACUCAGCCAUUAUGAGAAGUAAAUUAUUGUACUGAUACCUCUUUAUUUACUUAAUAAUUACGAAAUUUAUAUUGUCAUAGUGAUACUUUAGUUAUUAAACGCGUAUUGAUGUCCGGAUACUUAACAUUAUCGUUGGUUACUGAAUGAUUAAAAGCUGUUAGUAGGAUAUUAUAUACGAUAACAUUUUUAUUCUAUAGGAGUUUUAUUCAGUUAUAGUUAGACAUUCGUUGGUAUUUAUAUUCCUUCUAAAUUACUAUCCAACGUAAAUAUUCUUAUUUAUCCAAUCAUUGUGAAACGUAUAUUACUGCGUUAAUACUUCUGUAUUUAUUUAAUUAUUAUCAAGGGUAUAUUGUCGCACUGAUGCUUCUUUAUGUACUUAAUUUUUUAACAACACUUGUUAUUCUAAUACUUCCUUGCUUAUCAAACACAUAUAAUGUUGUGCUGUACCCACAUAUUAGCCUGAUGUAUACUGGGAAAAUAGAUUCAACAAUUAAUUGGUACGUAUUUUCAAAAUAACUAAACUACAACUUGCAAACUAUUAAUCAAUAUGAAAUGUGAUCUUUUCCUGAGAACAAAUCAUAUUGCACUUGGGUCUGGUGGUUAGGGAACUGAAAUUGCAAUCUCCAGGUCGUGGAAUCGAAGCCUGUCGCUGAUCAUGCUUGGGGGGUCGUUAUAACUUGACGGUCAAGCCCACUAUUCGUUGGUACAGAGUAACCCAAGAAUUGGCAGUUGGUAACUUGGUAGUGUUAGUGCUGCUUUCCCUCUAGUCUAUUACUUCAAAAUUAGGGACGGCUAGCGCAGAUAGUCCUCGAGUAGCUAUUCGCGAAAUUCAGCAAAACAAACAAAACACCUUACACUAAGGUGUGAAAAUGGUGUUGCUCCGCAAGAGCCUUCUUGCAUGCUACACUUUCUGCAGUGAUAUCAGGCCUCAGGUAUAUAAAAUAAUACGGUUCACAUAUGUUUACACCGGCUUUAUUAUCGUGUAUGUUCAUCUCGAGAGGUAUACAACCCCUGCAGAAUGUUUCCUCAACCCAUUUCCAACUAACUCAUUUUCCUGCUGAUCCAGUGUGGCUUUUAGGUAAAUGGAACGUGAAACCUCUCCACGUUCCAUGGGAGGGUAAGGUCCGGAUAAAUUACUGAAUUUUUCAUUCUAACCAUUGUUCAAGUAGCCAGCGAUGAAGCGUGAACGGUGUGAAUGUCAUCGUCUAUCUCUGAAGUUGGCACCAAGAUCUUGUCACAUUUCUUAAUGAUGAACAAAUCAAAAGGUCCAUCGGAGUACAUGUUUUUUUCACUGCAGGCAAGGCGUGAAUCUCUGAUGGAAGUACAAGUUUGUUCAUCGUAAUGAAUGGUUCAUGCACGUAAUAGGGACAGUAUCUAGUUAACCAGUAGCCUUUUGCUGGUUUAAUUAGACCUGAAUUAGAAUGUUGUAAUUAUAUCUUAAGAAGAUGAGUUCACUUUUAUUAAAAGUUUGCGAGUCAUAGUUUAGUUUCUGAAAAAAAUAUAUUGCAAUAAUAUUUUAUUCCCUGGUUUGUUUCUUCAAAUACAUACAAUCAUCACACGCGUUAUUUUUUAUUAAUAUAAAUUUUCAAGUGUCUAUUUCUGUUUCUAAACUGUCCUGAUAUGAUUGAUUUUUUUUCGUCGCAAUCUGCUCUCAACGAAAACCUGAGCUUCAUGCUUUUUGUUUAUUAAAUUAGUACUGCUAUAUUUAUUUUUCUUUAUACUGUAUUAAGACUAUAACAAUAAUUUGGAUAUAAACAAGGAUAUUUCAUUGAUUUCUGUUGAAAAUUUCGUUACCUUUUAAAUAUAGAAAUAUAGUAUCAUUCAAAUUGUCAUUUAUAAUAAUUAAGACACAAAGCAUUCAAAUCAAAUAUAUUUACAUGAUAAAGUGGGUACGUAUAACGACAAGGCUUUUGUUUUAUUAUUUAACAUUGAGGAAGGCUUCUGGUUUUUAUUUUCUUUGACAGGUAGAUUUCGAACUUGUUAACUUCAUUAAGGUUAAUUUUACCAUAUUCAACCAUUCUUCUAAAUAAUUCAUCGAAGUAAAAUAUUAUAUAAUAUUAAAUAUAAUAUUAUGGCAAGAGAGAGGUUAAUUUUGGUAAAAUUUCAAAGCAUAUUUAAUAAAUGCAAAAAUCCACGUGAUUUUGGGUUUCUUUAUAGAUAUACUGAAAUCAUAAUAUUAAAACCGGUUUAAAUGAUUUCGAAAAAAAAUAGUGCUAUACUGAAAUCAAUAUAAAUGAUGUUUUAGUGUGAAGUAAACAAUAAACUCACUUUUAAAUUACGCUGAUUUCUAUACUAAUCAAGUUUAUGUUUUCAUUUCUUGGCUCAUUCUAAGUUAGCAAGAAAACUUCUCAAUUGUAAGAGCAGUAGGGUGUUAAAAUUCUCGCUGUUAAUUAUUGUAGAAGCAAUGUGUGAAGAAUGACGAAAUAAAUUUCUGGUGUUUGUAACAUGUU